AAAUUUAAUUACUUCAAAGUCCAUCUCAUUCUUCACUUUGACAUUCAGCUUUCACUCUCUCUCUCUACGCAGCACAACAAUGGCUGCCUUGAGAAAAUUAUUAUUACCUAAAAAUACAAGUGUUGUAAUAUCAAACUCAGCAAUUUUCCUUUCUCGAAGAGGCAUAGCUUCUAAGCUAUUUGUUGGAGGCCUCUCAUUUUACACCACAGAGAAGGCACUGUCAGAGGCAUUUUCUCAACAUGGUCAAGUUAUUGAAGCUAAAAUUGUGACGGAUAGAGUCUCAGACAGAUCCAAGGGUUUUGGAUUUGUCACCUAUGCAUCUGAAGAUGAAGCGGAGAAAGCCUUGCAAGAAAUGAACGGCAAGCCUCUUAAUGGACGAGUUGUCUUUGUGGACUACGCAAAGCCUAAAACUGAUGGUGGCGGCAUGCCAAUAGCCCGAGGUCCCCCUGAGCCACCAGUAGAACAAUGAAAGUUACCAAACAGACCACUCUGACUGUGUGCUGCUAGAGUUGCAAGCCUUGCUCUUGCAAAAUGAUUAAUCUGGAGAGCGUCGUUUCUCGUUUGGCCGGCAACCAAGAACUAUUCGAAUAUAUUGUAAGUCACCACUAGUCAAAAGAAGUUAGUUGUUUUUCAAAUAUGAGUGAAAAAUUUAUGUUACUGCAAUUGUAAUGACUGCAAGAUUGGCUCAAAUAUGAAAAUUAUCUGUCAUUAAUCUAUGCCAUUAUGUCAUACUCUACUAUUAGAACAAAAUAUAUGGAAAUCUUGCAGUAGUUAAUUUGCCACUAA